CCGCCGCCCGCCGCCGCCCGCCGCCCGCCGCCCGCUCCCGCUCCUACUGCGCGUUACAUGACUGAACUGCUGCUCCGACCGCUCCUGCACUCACCCUAGUGCCCAGAGCUUACGCCGCAAAGCGUUGCCUCGUACUUCCACUGAUAAUACCGCGUUUGUGUUUACGCGGCUACGGAGUUUGAGAAUUAGAAGCGAGUUCAGAGCAGCCGAUUUAGGUCGCCCGGUUCAGUGCUAGCAGCGAGAUAUUUUUAUUGCCACUGUUGGGUGCAGACGUACGAGCGCCUGAACACGUUGCUUGUUAAAUAAAUUAUUAUUUAUAGAGUAAAAUCGUAAAUUUCAUUCCAUAAACAUUUGCGUGUGUAUGUGAUUAUUCGUAGUUCCCUUUAUAUCGAGUGCAAUUCUAUGUUACGAGACGUAGCAUGGACUGCGUGAGAGGAGGAAUGUGACGAACUGUUCGUUAGCGGCAUUUAGGUGAAAUCUUUGACAUUUGUAAAGUGCAUUUGUGUGUGUUGAGUGAGAAUGCAUCACUUGUAUCCCCUGGCGAAGGGCGACCCGCUAUGUCCGCUGGGGUUCCACCCGCAGGUGCGCUGGCCGACGCGCUGCAAGCGUUGCUUCCGCGACUACAAGGAGCAUGGUGGCGUGCGCAAGAAGGAGGACGACUUCACCGUGUCCACGCCCAGCCUCUCCACUUGGAACACGCCGUCGUCACGAAGUCGUGAUGAAGACAAUGGCGCGGAAGUGGAGAAGGUGGGGCGAGGGUGGGCAUCCAGUAGCAACCUUAGCACAAUCGACUCUCCCAAGAAAGACGCCUUCUCCACAGGGUUCACAAGAACCAGUGCAUCGUGGACGUCGACGCCGGACCUGGGGGCCAACGAGACCGAGAGUUCGAACGCUGUCACCGUCAGUCUGAAGCUGCCCAAGAGACGACUAACGGGACCAUUGCCAUCAAUAGAUACAGGGCAGAAUCAUACUACAGAUACAGUGACAUUGCGGCGACCGUCGCCAUCGCCUCCGCCGGUACCUGCGCCGGCGCAGACACAAAUUACUAUAAGCAAGAACGACUCGCUAGCUGAACGCGUGCGAAAGAUGCAGUUAAUUAAAUCUCAAAAUAGUUUUGAAAAGGAAUCAAGUAUAGAAAAAGAAAGAGAGAGACGAAGUUUAUCCAGAAGUAAAGAAACGUACCACGAAGAAAAGCCUGCGCGGCCCAAAGAAGACAAAAGUUCAACCAAGGAUGAUGUCAACUUUAUGAUGCAGGUGAAAAAUUCGCGAAACUCGUCAGCAAGUUCCAAGCCUCCUGUUAGAGGGGGUCCUUCACGAGACAAGGAUGAUUCGGAUGAUGACACCAGCACUGCUGGAACUGUCACCACCGAGACCACACUCGUCGACGCUAACGUUAAGGAGUAUCAGGAACAAAUAGAGAGUCUAAAACAAGAAAUGGACACACUAAAGAAACGUUGCGAGCGAGUGGAGAAGGAGAAGAGUGACAUUUUACUGCGGAGGCUCGCGAAUAUUGACUCUGUGAACAAGUACACUACUGGACGGUCCUCAGAGGUUCUGAAGUUGCAGCAGAAGGUGAACGAGCUCACGUCACAGAAUGAGGACCUGAAGGACGAGAAGAAACAUCUCGCGUUACGAGUCAGAGAAAUAGAGAGUGAACUUGAGUCUCGUCCCUCAGUAGAAGCACAGACUCGUCAGAUAGAACAGCUCCGUGCGAAGCUGUUGGCUGCGGAGACGCUGUGCGAGGAGCUGAUGGACGAGAACGAGGAUAUGAAGAAGGAACUGCGCGAUCUUGAAGAGGAGAUUGAGGAGAUGCAGGAUAACUUCAGGGAGGACCAAGCAGAUGAAUAUUCGUCACUCAGGAGGGAACUAGAGCAGACCAUAAAGAAUUGUAGAGUUUUAUCGUUUAAGUUAAAAAAGACUGAAAGGAAAGCUGAUCAGCUGGAGCAGGAGAAAGCUGAACACGAGAAGAAACUUUUAGAGAUAGUGGGCGGUCAAGAUGGGUUACAACGGGAGAACCGCAUCAAGGAGUUGGAACAGGAAGUGGCGCGGUCCACUGAGGUGGCGCUGAGGUUGCAGAGGGAGCUCUCGGAGGCCAAUGCGAAACUUGCUGCAGCCUCCGGAACUCCUCCCGCCAACCUUAAAAAGAACCAACUUACUGACGGGAAAGUAUCACGGUCAUCACUGACCCGUGGUGGCAGUCAAGAAGACCCUGCUCAACUCCUCCGAGACCUGCAGGACUCACUGGAGCGCGAGGCUGACCUCCGCGAACAGUUAAGGAACGCAGAAGAAGAGGCUAGUCGAUAUCGGCCACGCGUCGUCGGCAAGAGGAUUCGUCCACAACUUAUUCCACAAUCACCCAAAUCUGAUCCAAACUCACCUCAAAAACCCAUCACCGAUAGUGAAAUGCUAGAACCAAAUACCAUCCAAAGAAUACUUGAGAUGCAACUAGCUUUAGAAAAGAGUUUGUCAUCACUCGAUAGUAGCCCAUCGUCUAUUGGCGUUAACCAGGUCACUCAAUCCCCACAAGAUCUCAUUACUAGUUAUUCCGAAGGUUGCCAAACGGAUACUAUUUUAGUACACGAUGUGAUGACAGACACUAAAAAGAUUACUCUUGAUUCGAUUGUACAAAGUACAAUAGAUAUAUUGGAAAUGUAUACGCAAACAGAGGUAGCGUUUAUGAAAAAUAAACAUAUGCAAACUGAAUUUAUGAGAAUGAACAAUUUUGUGCAAACUGAUAAACAGAAAUUAAGAAAUGCUAGUGUGCAGACGGCGGCUAAGCUUUAUGAUCAUAAAGCUCUACAAGCCGUCAAUAACUCCAAAGAGUAUGUGGACGCUAGCACAGAGACUGAUUUAAUUAAUGAUGAAGAUAAAAUGCUUGAGCGAGAUCUCCUAAUGGAUACGCUAGAAGUCAAUGAAAUAUUCAGUAGAGAUAAAUCUGAAAGUCCUCCUCUUACUCCAGAUAAAACUCCAGAGUCCCGUUCUCCCUUCCCCUUGCCCUUCGUAUCACUGUUCAGUCCGCUGGCAGUAAGAAUGCCAAACAUAGGUCGGAAGCUGUCUCCAACACCUCCUUCAAAUAAGCUCAGUGUUGAUACUAAUGAAAAAGAUGCCAAAACAGAUGAGGAAGAUCCAGCUGAGUUACGACUCUUACUCGAACUCAAUGAACAGGAAACAACAGUUUUACGCAAAAAAGUUGAAGAAAUGGAACAAGAAAAGGAUUCGUUGAAAAAACAAGUGAAAGAGCUUACUGAUAAAAUUGCCAAUCAGCCCAAGAAUAAUUCAACCGUUACCCUUCGACGGACAACGAAUGCUAAGAGUAAUAACUUGGCCGAAGAAAAAGUAAAAGUAUUAGAAGAUGAAAUUGCCGAGCUAAGGAAGAAACUUAUUGAAAAAGAAAGGGACUGUGAGAGGCUGCAUGCUGAACUCAGCCUAUCGAAAAAACCAAAAGCUUCCCUUAUUAAGAGCAAAUCACUAGAUGGUGACCAACAAAAUGUCGAUUUGAAGAGACAACUUCAAGUGAUAGAACAAGAAGCAAAUGUACUUCGCGCCAAAACGCAGAGUUUAGAAGCUGACAAUGAGAAACUACAGCUAGAAAACAAAAAAUUACAACUACUGAAGAACACCAAAACCUUGAAAUCUGAUAAAUCAGUAGAACAGAAUGCAGCAAAAAUAACGCAACUAGAAAAUGAACUAAAAGAAGCUUUAGCCAAAUUAAAAGAAUUUGAAAAUAAUAAGGAUGAUAAGACAGAGAAGAAGGUCAGGUUUGGUGGAGAAAUCAACAACAAAAAAGACGCGGAUGCAUUAAAAGCGAAACAAGAAGAGUUGGAUAAAUUAAAAUUAAACUUUAGCAAGCUCGAGAAAGAAAAAGCUCAGUUACAAGUUUCAUUGAAGGUACUAAAAGAAGAUGCAAUAAAAUCAUUCAGGCCGAGAGUUCCAAAGAAACCAACAGAUUUAACGACUAAACUCCAAAUGAAGAGGAUGGUUGAAGAUUUGGAAAGUGAAAUUGGGGAAAUGUAUGUUGUAAUGAAAAACGCCGGUCUCUCUGGAACUGAAAUCAACACCAGAGCUCAAAUGGAGAAAGAUAUUGAAGAAAUAAGAUCCAAAUUGUCCAAAAAUAAUUCCGAAUUUACAAACGAGAAGAAUCGUUUGCAAACUGAAAUUGCUAAACUAAAGGAUCUCAAUACAAAAUUAGAAACUGACAAAACUGAAAUAAGUGGUAAAUUAAAAAGUUUAGAAAAAGACAAUAGCAGUAUAGCUGGACAAAUCAAAACGUUGCAAGAAGAAAAGAAGAGCUUAGAAGCACAAGUUAGUAAACUGAAUAGUGAUCUAAAAAAUGCAACAUCCCUACAAACCACUAUGUCCGACUGUAUGAAGAAAAUAGAAGAACUUAAAAAUGAAAUAGACGUUAAAGAUAAAGAAAUCGAUAAGUUGAAGAAACAAGCAGAAAAUGUAAAUAAAUUAGAACAGGAUAAACAAAAAUUGCUCAAAGAGGUUGGAGAUAAGGCUAAAAAGAUAGGUGACCUAGAAAAGAAAUUCAAGGAAGCAGAGGACAAAUGCAAACGGUUUGAAAAGCAAUUAGCUUUGCGCAAAGACAAGGUGGCGAAAUUGGAAAAGGAGCUCUCUCAAGAAAAGGAACAAGCAGAAGUACUAGCCAACAGCCAACGACGCAUCUCAGUAGAUUUCACUAACGAGAAAGAUCAAAUGCAAUCAAAACUAAUAAAGACUGAAAGUAAACUCAUAACACUAGAAACGGAACUAAAGGAAAUGAAAUCUGAUUACGAAUCCAAAAUAACUCAUUUGGAAUCUACGAUAUCUGCCAAAGAUAUUCAUAUCAAACAACUGGAAGAAGCAUUACGAGACACCUCUAACCAGAAAUACGAUGAAGCUAUAUCGUCAGUAGAAAUGGCACAGAUGCAAGACAAACUGGAGAGAACUACCAAGGAAUUAGAGGAGAAACAAGAAGAAUUAACGAAUGCUAAGAGAGAGUUGGAAAGUACCGAGAAAGAACUAUCGGCAAUAAAGUCAGAGAUGAUUCAGUUGAAAUCCAGUAUAUCGAAGUUGGAGAGUGAGAAGAAAGAGCAUGAGAACAAAUUGCAAGCAGAGAAGAAGGAGUCGAGUUACUGGGAGAGCAAAGCUUCGGAACUUGAAACUGACUUGCAGGCUGAACGGAAGAAACUGGAACGCAUGCGCAAGGCUCACGAUGUAGAUAUCAAGAACAAAGAAGCAGAAUUGGCUACACUUAAAGGUAAACUAAAAGUUCUAGAACAAUCUUCUGGUGCAGGCGCCAAGAAGAUAUCUGAUCUCAAACAGGAAUACGAGGAAACUGUUAAAAAAUUGGAGCACUCCCUUGCGGUAGAGAAGGCGGAGUAUGAGGAAUUGACUGGUAAAUACGAAAUAUUAGAAGAAGAACACGUGGUCACUAAAGCAAGACUCACUGUUGAAAAGGAGCAAGCGCAAGGUGAAUUAAUACAUGCCCAAAAAGAAUUGGCUUCAGCGUUGGCCGAAAUCAAAACUCUUCAAAACAACUAUGAUACGCAAUCUUCAGCGUGGACUAAAGAAAAGACUGAACUGCAGAACUCUAUAUCAUCGCUACAAGACCGUCUAUGUGGUGGAGGCUGGGAGGUCGAACGCGCACGACUCAACGCUAAGCUUGAGCAACGAGAGCGAGAACUACGCACCGUCAACGACCAACGAGACGUCUUGGAACACCAUCACGAUCAAGCUAAGAAAGAGUUGGAGGAAGCAAGAAAGAAACUGGAAGACUACGAACGUGUCUCCAAGGUACAGAGGACUCUAACGACAGAGAAUGCUGAAUUAGAACGAGAACUGUCAUCUCUGAACACAAGGCUCGAACAAGCUGACGUGUCUAGGAAAAAUGAGUUGGCAGAAAUGAAGCUUAGGUACGAGGGACAGAUGAACACCAUGAGAGAUGAACUCAAGUCUUUGCAUAACCAGGUGUCAAGGUUCAGGCGUGAAAGAGACAACUACAAACAAAUGUUGGAUGCUGCUCAAAAGACGAUGACAGAAAUGAAGAACGGCGACAAAAAUGCUAGAACAGCGAGACAUUCAAUAUCUAGUACUGAUGAAGAGGAAUAUCGUAACAAAGUCGCGACACUGGAGCAGCAGACAGCGUGCCUAGAGGACGAGCUCUGUGAAGCGAGACUGCUGGCGUCCAAACUGAACACUGAGCUCAUCAGCGAGCGAUCCGCAGCUGAAGUCCGUUUCGCAGAAAUGCAAUCCAGGCUUAAUGAGUACGAAGAAGAAAGGUUACUGACAUCAGGCAGAGCGCGCGUAGCAGGUCUGGCGACACGUAUGGAACUCGCGUGGCACAAGGAACGCGAUGAACAGCAGCGGCUACUGCAGGAGACCUCCACUCUCGCCAGGGACUUGAGGCAGACACUCUUUGAGAUAGAACGCGAAAGAGAGAAAGAGAGAUUAGACAUGAAGAGAAGAAUAGAACAAUUAAAGAGAACUACCGAAGAAGAGACGGAAGAGGCUAAAAAGAAGGUGACAGAACUGCAGUGUGAUCUACUGGAGCUCCGGGACGCGCACGCUAAGUUACGUACCGCAAAUGAGAAGCUGCGUCGCGAUAAAGAACGACAUGACCGAGAUCGUGACCAGAACAAACUUCUUGUUGGUUCACUCAAACGUGCUCAGCAGGAGGAUGACAGGAUAAUAACGCAACUUCUAGAAACUAUAGAUGACCUGAUGAAGCAGAGUCCUGAUUUGUUCCGUAAUCAUACUCCUGUCAAACCAGAGAAGAACUUGCUGACGCCUACGCCACCAAGACGGAAUAGGUCAUCAAAGUCCCGGUCUCGGUCGGCGACGCCUGAGAACGGUGUGAGUGCAGUGGACACGGCUACUACUGCGGCGCGACUGCGACGACUCACUGAUGAACUGCGCGCCUCACGCAUCGCUGAGAGGCAACGACGACAUCAAGCCACUGCCAGGAGAGCGAUGUCAACGGAGCCCCGCGACACACUGUCCGUCUCACCAGCUACGCGCACGCCAUCUCGUGCACCUUCACUCAAGAAGAGAUCCAUUUCUCUUGAACAGACUACUAAGGAUCAGAGCCUAAUAUGGAAAUCUGUGGAUGAGAGCAGCGUGUCUUCGAUGCAGUCAUUGGACGGAGACGCCGACAACCGGCUGUUCACUAUGCAACGAGAUGCUAGUCUAGACAGUCGGUUAUCCGGCGGCUCAGCUCAAAGCGAAGUACUUCCAUCAGAAAAGAAGAAAAAGAAGAGCAUUUUCGGCAAAUUAAAGAAACUAACCAAGUCUCGCUCUAUUGACGACCAAGUUGACAGCACGGAGCAUGUCGAGUUCAGACCAAUUGGCACUGUUUCUCAGCAGGGAUCGGAUUCGGACAUGAGUACAGCAGGCAGCAAGCGAGACCUGCGAGGUCGACUGUCCGAUAUGUUCAGCAGAAAAGGACCAAUGUCACGUACCAACAGUAAAGAGCUAAGUCCGGAGCGGCCGGCAAGUGCGAUGGGUAGUAUGACGAGCUCGUCCCGGCCUCCACUACGUAACGCUAGUAGCUCCACUCUCGCUAGGGCCUCGCCUGCUAAACCGAACGAAGUGCCGCGGCCAGCGAGCGCAACGCCUGCAGCCAAGAGGAAAGGGAAAUAACUGAUACUAUAAGGAUUUCGCUUCAUUAUAGUGUAUUUAUCCAUUUUCCUAUGAUUUUUCCACAUAGCUUGUAAUAUCACAAUACAUAUCAAUAAAAUAAAUUAUUCUGUAUAACUAUCGAUAGAACGCUACUGCUAACAGCGACUAGUAGUUGUCUAUUAAAUUUAUUGAGUACUUUGAAAGCGUAUUAGAACUUUAGCCCAGAUAUCGAUAGUUAUGCAAGUCUGAUUGCCGCCGUCACGCUAUAGUAACGCGACUGUGACGAGACCCAAUUCCUUACGUCCUUAGUUUCCUUGUGAGCACCGGGCGCAGUCGCCUACAGACGUCAACAUAAACGUCUAGAAGGCGACGAGCGACACCAGUGCAAUGUUUUAGUUAUGUACUUUGUAUCUUUAUAAUAAAGCUGUUGAAUUAAA